CAGAACUGGAACCCAAUGAGAAGGGAGAUACAAACAAAUGUCCCGCUUCUCCUGCUAGCCAAAGUAGACGCCAUCUCCGAGGCGACCAGGGCUUCUUGUGUUGUCUGUAGCGUCAUCUUUCCACGACACUGGGUCACGCACAGAGACGAGGCCCUUCGGCAGGCAAGGGCGCAGGGGCAGCAGGCGGGGGUGGCGCCUGUCUUUCCGCCCUCGGUCGUCAUGUCCUUGGGGCCGCUGCUCCGUGGAGUUCGGAGCCGCUCGGGGCUUAGUGCUGUGCGAGCGGCAAAGCUUCACGUUACUUCUAGUUGGAACCUGGAGUAUGGCUGGUUGGCCUAUAUAUUGGGAGAGAGAACGACUAAGAAGUUCAAUGAAUUCAGCAAAGUUUUCACAGUGGAUGGCAACUUGCGCAGUGGCAAGGGCAAACUGGCACAGCAGAUAGCAGAAAAGCUAAAUAUGCGAUACUUCCCAGAAGCAGAUGUUCAUUAUUUAGACAAAACCACAGGAGAUGGAUCAAUUCUGGAUUCAAAAUUCAGUGGCAAUUGUAGCCUGGAGACGUUUUACAAUGAUCCUAAACAUCCAAAUGGAAAUUCAUACCGCCUUCAAUCCUGGUUGUACAGUAACCGCCUUUUGCAGUAUGGUGAUGCUCUGGAACAUCUUCUGGCUACAGGGCAAGGAGUAGUGCUGGAACGUUCCCCAUACAGUGACUUUGUAUUCUUGGAUGCUAUAUUUAAGCAAGGCUACAUUCUCAAAAGGUGUGUGGAGCACUACGAAAAGAUCAAACACCUGAGCAUUUGUGAGGUCUUGCCUCCUCAUCUGGUCAUUUAUAUUGAUGUACCUGUCCCAGAAGUGAUGAAGAGGAUUGAAGAGAAAGGAGAGCCGUAUGAAAAGAAGGUGUCUUCUGCUUAUCUUCAGAGCAUUGAAGACUGCUAUAAGAAAACGUUCUUACCAGAAAUCAGUGAGACCUCUGAGGUUUUGCAGUAUUCACCUAGUGAGGCUGAAGAAGUAGAUAAAGUCAUUGAAGAUAUUGAGGCCCUGAAGUUCGAUAAGGGACCUUGGCUAAAGCAAGAUGAUGUUACUUUCCAUCAUUUGAGGAAACGUGUACAGGACAGGAUGGGAUUGGUUCGUCCGACGAGCGUUCCAAUAUACAUCCCUGAAAUCACUAUAGGAGGCCACGAACUUGACAAAACAUAUCACCAAUACAGGAAUCUUCCAGGCCGCACGUAUGAUUUUGGUUAUAACGCUGAUGCAGGAGACAAGUGGAUUUGGCUGAAAUGAAAUUCUUUGGGAGAAACUGGCCACUGAAUGAAGAUGACAGUGAUAACGAUGAUGAAGCUCUGAUUAAUCAUCCAGUUCACUCCACCUCCACAGGGUGCCUGAAGCGCAAGAAGAUAGCAGUGUAUAGAAUGACCUGGUUGCAGAAAGUGCAUCCUUCCCAAGGCUGUUCUGAAAUGCAGCUCACUAUGAAGACCUAAGUAAUUAAUGUGGUUGGGUGGGUAGGUAGGCUUGGUGAUUAAAAUGGGAUCUCAUUAUCAAAACUGUGGCUUAAUAUAUGUCCUAAGAGCUUGAUGUCAGUAAAAUAAAAUCCUUGGCUAGUAUUA